UAUAUCGUCCACGUUAGUACCAAUAUUUUUUUUUUCAGUUUAGGCGAAGAGAGUAGGAAGCACAACAUGGCAUCAAAGUGUCCAAAAUGCGAAAAGACCGUGUAUUUCGCUGAAAAGGUGACCUCUCUGGGGAAAGACUGGCACAAGUUCUGCCUGAAAUGUGAGCGGUGUAACAAGACACUUACACCAGGGGGUCAUGCUGAGCAUGAUGGAAAGCCCUUCUGCCACAAGCCGUGCUAUGCUGCCCUCUUCGGGCCAAAAGGCGUGAAUAUUGGAGGAGCAGGCUCGUAUGUCUAUGAGACUCCUAUGAACAACACUCCAGCCCCAGGUCCUAUUGAGACUGCACCUAAACCUGAAGAGAAGAAAGCUCCUGCACCCAGUCGGGGUCCGUCUAAAGCUGGAAGUCUCACCACUUUCUCUGGGGAAGCCAACUUGUGUCCAAGAUGCAACAAGAAGGUUUAUUUUGCGGAGAAAGUGACAUCUCUAGGGAAGGACUGGCAUCGGCCCUGUCUGCGCUGUGAGAGGUGUAGUAAGACUCUGGCUGCAGGCAGCCACGCUGAGCAUGAUGGUCAGCCUUACUGCCAUAAACCAUGCUAUGCUGUCCUCUUUGGGCCCAAAGGGGUGAACACAGGUGGGGUUGGGAGCUACAUCUACGACAAGGAGCCGAACACGGAGGCUAAGCCUUGAGCUUCUACCUUCACAGUGGCCUCUAUCUACACUCUCACACCUCCACCACAAACCAUAGCCACUACCACCACCCACACACACACAUACACACGUACAUGCACGCACACGUGCUUAACCUGACCUCACUGCCUCUACUGCAUCCUCCAGCCUCAGCCACUAAGACCAGUGCCAACACUGACCAUUCUGCAGCAGUCAAACCACUUACUGACAGCCUUGCCCUUCUCCAUGGGCUUCCAUUGAAUCAGUGAUGGAUACUCUCUGGUUUACUCUUUCAAAGAUGAACCUUGGAGGCCCACGAAGAACCAGUAUCUAGUAUUUCCUAACAGUCACAAACCUCAAACCUUUGAGUCGUAAUUCCCAUGUUCCCUUUCUAAGUGUUAAGGGUCUGCCAGGGAAGCCAUGAAGCACUUCAGAGUGGACAGUCAAUCUUCAUAAUCUGUCCUUUACGUUAGGGAUUGUUUAUGUACUGUACAUGUACUCUACAUAUAAUUUCAUAUGUGUUCUUGUGAUUAUUGGUUUUUAAAGUUAAGAUUUAGAAGAGAAGAGCACAAACCUGUGACACAGCCCAUCUCGUCUGAGUAAGGCUACUGAAGUAAAACCCUACUGUUUGAUCUUCUCAAACACGCAUAAAAUAUGUGUGUUCGCCAGGCUCUGGCCAGGGCAGUUAUGAAGGAUCUUGGAUUUUAGUUUAAAUUGCCUGUUGACAGGCAGAUGAAUCUCACCUCAAAGGCUUCAUCCAGCUGCAGGUGAAAUCCAGAAACACAUGACCAUAAAUCUAAGCAAUACUUCAGGUCCCAGAUUUACUCCCUGGCUACCAACAACAUUCCUUAGCAGAAAUGGUUUAGGUUUAGUUUAUAAUGCCGGUCUGAUAUAUGCAGACAGCGAAAUGAGAAGGGCAUGUUCUCAUUUUCUGUAAAAAUUUGCUGGCAGAUUCGUGAAACCCAUACAUGGUAAGGAGUGAGUGUAAGUUCCCAGGGGGUGUAGGGGCAGAUGGGUAUUUGUGAUGAGUAUUUGGCAAGAGAAUAGCCUAAGUAUUUAUUUGAUUUGUAUUUAGUGUUAUUGCUCACGACUACAGACCCAGGAGAAAAAGACAGGACUAAGCUAUCCAGUGUGUAUUUUCUGUGGUUUGAAUACUACCCUUAGCUACCGUUAAGUUUAAUAGCUUUGAAACUACAUAAACUUUUUUUUUUUUUGCUUGUAGAUUGUAGGAAGAGGCCUAGAGAAUCCUGUAACUGAAACAGUGCUGACAAAGCAUUUUACAGGAGUGUUUAAUGACUGUUAUUGCCAUUACAGUUUGCUGAUAGUGUGGUUUUCUGCUCUAAAGUGUUUGGUGUGCAGAGGGAGAAGACCUUCACCUGAAUCCUGCUGCUUCUGUCUU